UUCUGAAACAUUUGAGCCGCCGGAAGUUGGAGUUUCAUGAGUAAAUUAAUUCAACGUUGUUGUGUAGAGGUGUUGUUUUUUCGGUAUGACAGCUGGACGUGUUUACAACUGGACUGUUGUUGUGCUCACUUGUCAGCACAAAGACAGCGUAUAUGCUUUCCAGAGAGAGUUGGAGAUACGGCAGAAGCGUGGGAUUCUGCCCCAAGGAGCACUGCUGCUCACUGUCCCUGACCCACAGGAUAAUGUCGGAAGUGGAGGAGCGACACUCAACGCACUGCUGGUGGCUGCGGAGCACCUCAGUGCCAGAGCCGGAUAUACAGUGGUGACUGCAGAUGUCUUGUAUGAUGCUCGCAUUCUCAUUUUGCACACGGGCAGAGAUUUUCCCUGGGAUGGCUGCGGUAGGGCUUUCUGUUGGAUGCCUGUUAGUGCAUCUGAGCAAAGUGUUGAAGGACCCGUUUGCUGCAUAGAUCUCUUACUGAACUGCCUUUCAGCUAAGGUGUGUGCUGGCUCUCCACCGGGAGUUUGGGUGUGUAGUACAGACAUGAUCCUGAGCAUCUCUUCAAUGCCAGCCAUGCUGUGGGAGGACUUUACUGGUGUGAGGGCUGUGUCCUUACCUGGUGACAUGUCUUUUGCUGUUAACCAUGGAGUCUACCUCACAGACACAAAGGGUGGAGUGCAGGAUAUUAUCUACAGGGGUUCAGAGGAGAGGAUCCGCUCUGCUGUAUUGCCUAAUGGGAAAGUUCCUCUGGUGUCAGGGCCUGUGUUUUUCUCCAGCUCUGUAUCUGAGAGACUUUUACAAACUCAUGUGACUCCACCGCUGGAUGGCUGCACUUACCUGGGUCUGGACUCAGGAGCUCUACCUCUGCAGAUCUCUCUCUUUCUGGAUAUCCUGACGUGCCUUUGCUCUGACCUGACAGAAACCGAGUUUGUGAACGGAGUGAGAGCAGGUUGUAGUUCACCUAUGGGGCCACAAGGGGAGGCAGUGAAGAGUGCUCGCUCUGUGCUGUGGAGGACGUUGCGAGGCGUUCCCCUUUUUCUGGUACACGCUUUAGACGGUCACUACGAUUACCUGACGAUGUCCGGCAGAGAACAUAUCGUACGUCUGACAGAGGCAGGAUACGAGACACGGAUUCUUUCUCAUGUACAGGAGUUGCAGUGUGUGAGCGAGGGCAGUAGGAUCAUUAACAGUGUCCUGGAAGGAAAGGUGCAUGUUGGAGCAGGGGCUGUUGUGCAGCACUGCCACUUACAGGGUCCAAUUCAAGUGAAUUCUGGGUGCCUCCUUUCCGGACUGGAUCGAACCGUAUCAGAGCAACUACGGCAUCUUUCUCUGACCAGUGACAUCAUUGUGCAGGGGCACAGGGUGAAUGUGGGGGAGCUGAAAUUAACCGUGUUUACAGUGUUUGGGGCACAUGACAGGUUGGAGGCCCAGAGUGAAGAUGUCACUGCUUCAUUCCUUAAUCAAACGUGGAGUCGCUUCUUUAGCAGCACCGGAAUACAGCGAGAGGAUCUGUGGGGAACAGAGAGUGGAGCAGGUCAGACUCUGCUGGAUGCUCGCUUGUUUAUAGCGUUUAUGCCAAAGGGAGGCACAACAGGUCUGGAUGGUGUUCACUUUCUACUGGGAGGCUCUGGGAGUAUAAAGAGCUGGAGAUCAGCAUGGAGGCUCUCUCUUAGGGAGGUGCUGUUUCUCACCGACCAGCAGCGUGAACUACAGUGGAGAGAAGAGCUGCUGUUUAGUGCAGGACGGAGAAGAGCAGCGGACACAUUGAAGAGCCAUGCAGCCCACAACCUUCUGCCCUGUAUGAGAGCAGCAGUGCUGGGAGGCAAGCAGACAGAACUACUGAACACACUCGACUCCGUGGCUGCCGGUAGUCUUGCUGAUCUGGGUGUAGCCGCACGGACAUUGGCAUGCAUCGCUGAUGUUCUCGGUUGCAUGGCUGGUGAGGGAAAGGGAGGUUUGAGGAGUGGCCCUGCUGCUAAUCCAGCCUGGGCUUUUGCUUUCAGCCUCUUGGAGCAGGGCAAGCUAGAGGCUGGUGUCCAGGAGCUGGCCAAUCAGAGAACCCGCUGGAUCAACAGACCAGACCUGCUGGUACGAGCGGCCCGACACUACGAGGGUGCAGGACAGGUCCUUCUCAGGAAAGCGGUGAUAUCCGCUCGCCAGUUUGUGCUCAUUGGUCAAGGCGAGAUGCCACCAAUGGGAGAGUGGCAGGAAGUAGAGUGUCCAGCCAGACUGGAUCUCUCAGGUGGUUGGAGCGAUACUCCUCCAAUUGCGUUUGAGCAUGGAGGCGUGGUGGUGAACGUGUCUGUGAAAGUGGAUGGAGAACGGCCCAUUGGAGCCAGAGUGCGUCGCAUUCCAGAGCUUCAGCUGGUGUUGGUGUGCCGCAGUGGCCCUCCAGACUGCAGCAUGACUACAAGGACAGUGUGUAAUGACCUCACUGACCUCGAGGACCAUUGCCAGCCCCAUGCACCCGGUGCCCUGUUAAAAGCUGUGUGUGUGUGCAGUGAUGUUGUGUGUUUAACGUCUCAUCUGUCUUUGGAGCAGCAGUUGCUGCAACACUGGGGAGGAGGACUGGAGCUGCACAGCUGGUCAAAUCUGCCUCAUGGCUCGGGACUCGGUACAAGCAGUAUCCUGGCAGGUGCGGUUCUGGCAGCUGUGUACAGAUGCACUGGCCGGAGCUAUGACACCGGUUCUCUUAUCCACGCUGUACUACACCUGGAGCAGAUCCUCACCACAGGUGGAGGGUGGCAGGACCAGGUGGGAGGGCUGGUAGGUGGAGUGAAGGUGGCACGUUCCCGACUUACCCUACCCCUCAAAGUGGAGGUGGAGCAACUCGUGCUUCCCCCAGACUUCCUUACUGCACUGCAGCAGCGUCUCCUGCUGAUAUAUACGGGCAAAACACGGCUGGCACGCAACCUACUACAGGAUGUGGUGCGGAAUUGGUACAGUCGUCUGCCGUCUAUUGUGCAGAACACAGAGCAGCUGGUGAAUAACGCUGAGGCGUGUGCACAGGCCUGCAUGGAUGGAUCUCUUAGCAAACUAGGGGACUGUUUGAACCGCUACUGGCAGCAGAAGAAAGCCAUGGCUCCAGGAUGUGAACCAGCUGCAGUGAGAAACAUGAUGGAUGCCCUUGAACCUAUAGCCUACGGGCAAAGCCUGGCAGGGGCGGGAGGCGGCGGCUUCCUGUUUGUACUCACACGGCACGCCCAGGAGGAGGAGAAUGUACGACAGAUACUCAAGAACACACAGGGUCUCUGUGACUUCAGCGUGCACUCAGUGCAGAUCGACAUGGACGGCAUUACAGUCGUACAUCAGAGCACAGGUGAUGUCCAAUGUCCCAGUUAAACUACACAAACACCAGGACUGAGAAAUAUGUACUGCAGUGGUUAAAGGUGUACACAGUGCGAAGAAGACUAAGCAUCAGAAAUCAUUAGAUUUAAGCACUGGAGAACGAUGAAACGAGACUUUUGUUUAAAAGAAAAAUGUGUUUAACGUUAAUUCACGUUUCAGCCGCGUCUCGUUAAUUAAUCAGCAUUUACACAAAAAGCAAAAACGAUUGAUUCACUUUACAGUUUGUAUCAUUGCUCAGUCGCUCCAGCAUUUCUUCUUGUUGCAACCCAAAAUGCUUGAUUUUGCUGCAGUUUUCAAAAUUUGCAAUGCAACAUUUUUUUGUAUCCUUGAUUUUUGUGCUAUUUUGUGUCAAACUACUCGAACAGGCAAAACUGCAAGCACAGGAUUCUUCUUUUAAACAAGACAUUACAUUACACUGUAUGUAACGAUUUUCUGAGAGCCGUACUCAUGUUUCAGAGACGUGAACAGAAGAUGACGCUGGCUGAAUGCUCAUUGUCUCGACCUGAAACUGCAGAACAUCUGCAGUGGCUCUGAAAAUUUUGCAGCUCUUCCGAAAUGUUCUGGAGUUUCUGUGAUCAGAAAAUCGUGAAAUCCUGGAGGGACUGACUGUAAAAUUUUUCGCUCUGGUUUUACGGUUCUGUUUCAUUUCUACUGUAAUAACAGAGACUAGCUCUUUCUUUAAUAGCUGUUAAUUCUUUUAGUCAACAAGAUGUUUUUUUUUCUGUUUGGUUGCAUAUUUGACUCUAAACUCUCCCUUCAUCAAUACAAGACCGUGGCAGGAACCGAAUGUAGAUCUGGACAAAAAUUAAAUGUUGUGACAUAACAUUACAUAAACUUUCUGAAAUGAUGCCACUGCGAAAACAUGUCGUAAUCGAAGCAAAAAGUGGUCCAACAAAAUAUUAUUGUCUGUAUAUAUUUGAAAAUAUUACUCAUACUUUGUUUCAUUUUAAUCAACUUCAUACGUUGUUUGAAACGCUUCUAUUAAAUAAAAUGUUAAGUACUUUGGA